GGUUCUCACAUCUGGUUAAUACAUCCCUCAGUUCAGCUUGUAAUGGACUCACAACAGUUCUGGACUUUGUGAACCUUGGAUUUGAAGUUUAUUUUCAGCCAUGUGAUGCAAUAAUCUAAGUUCAGAACAGAAGAGUCUGUUGGGCUGCCAAAGCUAAAAGACAACCUACAGCAAUUCUGAGUUGUGGAAGAGACAUAGCAACCUUUGGGAUUAUUGCUUAGCAACUGCAAACACACAGAGGAGUAAAACUCACAGCCCAGCUCCACAGCAGUGAUUGAAGUAUGGCUGCUCGGCCAGAAGAAGCAGCCCAAACUGCAGGUCUAAACCACCCGAGCCUUGGAGUUAAGAGUAUGACUGCCACAGAAAUGAAGGAAAAGCAGAGGAAGGAUAAGCUGCCAUGUCUUAGUAAUUAUGCUCCGUGGAAAGACUGUUUUUAUGAAAAGGUACAGCAGAGGUGUCUGAAUCUGCAGGAGACAAAAGUGAAGAUGAUUCAUGCACAAAAGGCGAAAGAAGAAAAGGUAAAAAAGAAGGAACCCUGUGACUGGCUGUCCAAAGAGUGGUUCAGUGAAGACAAAGAGUCACUAGAUACUCGUAUCUAUUUGCUUGACAAACUCUUACCUACAUUAAUCCCAGGAGUAGAAAACCUGUUAAUGGAAGUGGAAAGAAAGAAUCUGCUUGCACCAGACAAAGAACCAACCGAGUUUAACCCCAUUAAUUUUCUUGGAGAAUAUUUGAUGAGACAUCACCCUCAGUAUGGAAUUUCUAUAAAACCAGGCCCAUACCUGAGAGGAAUGAAGAUGGUUCUGGAGCAGCUAAAAGCUGAGGUGCCAGGCACAGCAUCAGAGAGGCUGGCCAGAUUGAAGUCUGAGGCAAAGAACAAACGUAAGGAAAGGGAGCAGGUGGAAAUUAUGAAGUCUCAGGUGAAAAAGAUGAGAAAAGAGGCGCUGGCAGUUCAGUUCAGAGAGUGGACAGUGGAUGUCAGUGGCAGAAUACCGGUUGCACUGGUUCAGAGUGCCCUGAGGUCUUUUCUGGAUGUCAUUGCUUCUACACCCAUAGAUGUGAGAAAAGCAGUCUAUGACAAGAAGCUGGAAGUCGUCAACACAUUGGGAAAAAAAGUAAACAUAGAUGAAUUCACAGAGUAUGUCCAUUUCUACACUGAACAUUUUUCAGAUGACAUGUUCCAAGAAAUUCUGAAGCAUUUCCGUCAGUGUGCUGAUGACUUCCAAGAAGCAAUAAGACAUGAUACAUGGAGGCGAAUGUUUGCUGAGCUCUUCCUGGAUCGUGAUUAUGGAAAGGUCGGUCUCUUAGAUAGACAAAAAAUACUUGCCCUACUGGUAGACUUCUAUGACAACAGCCCGGUGGCUGCCAAGAGGGGAUUCUGUAACCCAAGACAGUGGCCAAUAAUUGAGCUGCAAGAUAUUGAGCUUGCAGAUUUAUGGGGAGGCCUCGAUGACCAAGAAGACAUCAAAACUGAGAGGCAAACUGAAUCUGCAAAAACAAAUAGGGAAGAAGAUUAUCAUAUGUUGGACAGAGAACCUGGAUCAGAAGGGCAAGUUAGUCAGGAGGGGAACAAUUUGAUUGCAGAGGCAAACAGUACUAUUUCAGGACCAGCUCCUGAAGCUGUAACCGUGACCUCAGAAGACAGAGCUGUGGCAGACACGGACAUCAUUGCUUCAGAACAGGAUGCCCCGGUUGCAGAGGCUGUGAGAGAAACUCCUGCAAGAAAGGAGAGUUUUUCUAGGCAGCAUGGCAGCCAGUUUGACCAACAGACAAGCUCAGAGACAGGACAGCAGGAUGAGGACCUUGUGCAAGACCAGCAUAAAGGUCCAGCACACUCAGACAGACAGGAUUCUCCAGCUGAAGCUAGCCAGGAGUUUGAAGUGCCGUGGUCAGGUGACCUUCUGACUUCUGACCUAACUUUCAGGUAUAGCAGCUAUGGAGAGAAAAUUCCAGAGGACUGGAAGCACGAUAACACUAAAUUUCCAGACUUAUGUCCCAUCAUGGCAGAGAUUCAGAACCGUGGGGCUUCUUCUACAAGGAGUGCCUUUGAUAAAAGCUGCCUCAACCUGCCACAGUUUGUACAGCUCAUGGAGAUAUUUGUUGGUGAAGACAUUUCUCUGCCUACUGUGAAGAGGCUUGUUGCAUUUAUCAAGGAAGAAUACAAACAGACAGAAGAGGAAAAAAUGGAACAGCUAAAAAAAAUUCACCGAAGCUCUCACUUGGCCCAACGGAAACUGCUUUUGGAGGCACUUUUCAAAAAGUGGGACAACAAUGCGUCCGGGUUUCUGGACCUGGAAGAGGUGGAUGCUGUUCUAAGCACAUUCAAGGAAGGGAUGGAAAAAGAGGCUUUGAGGAAAGCAAAGCAGCACCUUUGCUCCCGUUACCCACAGCUCAGCAGAGUGAAGAAGCUGUCCCCAGAGGCAUUCCAGACCUUCCUUGAGUUAGUUGCUUCUGAGUUCACUGGUGAUGAGGAUGAAGCUAUUGAUAACUUGGUGGAAUUUCUGACCACAAGCACAGAACGAAGUAGCACGGAGUGUUUGCAAAGCUCAACCAGGAGGAAAUGGCUGCACAAUAUCCAGCAGGCAGCUGAGAGCCGUGGAGCGAGCGUGGAAGCGGUUUACAAAGCAGCGUUUAAGGCCCUCUCCCAGGAUGCAGAAGCCCAUGGGGAUAACAAGAAGAUCAGCGCGUAUAUUGCCCUUUUGGAAGAGAACCAGCUCUCACCAGAGCGGGGACAGAUUCUCCUACGCUAUGUGGCAUGUACCACACAUGAUGCCCCAUAUGUUCUCAACAAGAUACUUUACAGAGACAUGAAAGGAGUAAGCUUCACAGCUGUUGAAGAAGGAAAGCCAAUCCAUGUUCCAAGAGUUCAGCUCCAUGGAAAUAUCCACUUCUGGAACUAUGACCGCCCAGUGGAGGAGAGAAAAGGUUCACUCCUGGUACUGCCAUUGCAGGAUGCUCACUGGAGAGUCUUUGGCAUUCUAGGAGUUGACACUCUUCGGGACCAGUGUGAGAAAACCAUCUUUCUGACCCAUGAGAUCAGUUUCUAUCAGGGAGUUUCUCAUGCCUUCAGCAAAGCCUACCAUCAUGUCCACACACUGAAAAAUGUCCUACAAAUGACUGUUACUGCUCUGGACUGGUUGUAUCCCAGGGCACCCAGCAUCCACACUGUUACUACAUACCUGGUGGAGCCUGGAAAAGACAAGACAUGCGACUAUGCUCUGCGAAAGAUGGUUACUAAAGAGAAUACAGGACAAAAAGAAAUUCAUAGCUCUCCUGAGCUUCUCCUCAGGAAAGAAAACCUCUUAAGAGAUUACCUGUUCAAGUGCACAGACAGUUCAGCGGUCAUUCACGCUUCUGUCUGCAGAGAACAGCACAUUGCGGUACCUCUCCGUGACCUCUCAGGACGAGCUUUUGGGUUAUUUGAUAUCAGCAUUGGACACCACCAGAAAUUACCACCUCAUGAACACAAAGACCUGCAGAAAAUGCUGAAGGUGGCCCAAGCUGCCUGCUCUGAGAUACUGAAGAUGUCUUCAGAGGAACCAACCGAUGUACUGGAGGCAGAACAUGUGGCAAAUUCAAGACAUGCAGGGAUUCUGUUCCACCAGUUCAUGCUGCAGGACCUGCGCGAGUGCAUCCAGAAACUUGAUGCUGAGAGCUUUGCUGAAAUGAAGAGCUACGUAGAACCUCCAGCUCUGGUACAUAACACAGUUAAGGCUGUGCUGUUGCUUCUCCAUCCAAACUGGAAGGACUCGGAGGAGAUUGAAAACUGGAGUCAGUGUAAACUGAAACUUGAUGACAAUUUGAUUCAGGAGAUUUAUUGCUUUGAUCCAACUGCUGCAUCUGUGCAAGUUCAAGCAGAGCUGCUGCUGGCCUGCAUCACAGGGGAGCACAGAGCGGAGACGGAACAUCAGGGCUGGUGGCCAACCCAGCUCCUGGGCCACUGGGUGCACACCUGCCUGGCACUAGCCCAGGGCACGAGCAGCCCACAUGGUAAAAAAGCUUCCUUUUAGCCCCUUUUGGAGUCCAGUUCUAGUGUGCCUCCAGUUACAUCUCUUAAUUGUUCAUCUAACUUUCGUGAUUCUGGUAUCUGACAGCUUUUAUUAAAUUAUCUUUUUCUUCUUAUGCUUUUUUUCUUCUUAUGCCUUUUUCUUCUCUAUGCAUAGCUACUAAGUAUUUAUUGUUAAGAUGGUAGGAUGUCUGGUAGGGAUUAUUAAGAAAAAAACAAUAAAAGCAUUAAAGAAAACAAUUUCACUGGUGUAUCUACCAGACUUUAAAAGCCUGAGUAAAUAUAUAUUUUUUUAAAUUAAUCCCGAUGAAAGAGAGGCAGGGAUGUGUUUGUAACCACCAAGCUACAAUGCUCGUCAAUGAUGCAGCAAAAAUUUUCAAGACUCAAGUCUCCUUAAAUUACUUUUUAGGAAUAAUUUUAACUUAAGGUUGUUAAUCAGCAUUUUGUGAAGUUUUUCUUAAUGUGUUGCAGAAAAGCUCCACGUUUUUAAUAUAACAAAUAAAGCUUUCUUAUUGGGAUACAGCUUGAGAUUACAGCCCACUGCACCGCCGGUGGCAAGAUUUCAUCUUUCCAAUAACGUUUCUGUUGGCGAAAUCACACUUUUAAUAAAAUUUUGGGAAA